UUUCUAGAAUACCUCAUGGGUGGCAGAAAACACAGCACCUUAACGGAAUUCAUUCCUUUGGGGUUAACAGGUGAUGCCUCCCUUCAGGCUGUCUUCUCUGUGAUAUUCCUGGGGAUCUAUGUUGUGACUUUAAUGGGAAAUCUCAGCAUCAUCAUGUUAAUUAGGGUCAAUACCAAACUUUAUACCCCAGUGUACUUCUUCCUCAGCCAUUUGGCUGCUGUUGAUAUUGAGUAUUCCUCCUGUGUAACACCAGUAAUGCUUGGAAACUUCUUGACUGAUCUCCACACCAUACCUUUGGCCGGUUGUAUUGCUCAGCUGCGUUCUGUGGUGACUUUUGGGACGACCGAGUGCUUCUUGCUGGCAGCUAUGGCUUACGACCGAUACGUGGCUGUCUGUAGCCCACUGCUCUACUCGGGCAAAAGGUCUGACAAAGUUUGCAUCCUGCUCGUAGUUGCUUCCUACAUUGGUGGCCGUGUGAAUGGUUGGACGUUUACCAGUUGCUUCUUAAAUGUGUAUUUCUGUGGGCCUAAUCAGAUAAACCACUUUUUCUGUGACUUUGCUCCACUGUUGAAGCUUUCUUGUUCGGACAUUUCAGAUAUUAAAAUCAUCCCUUCUGUCUCCUCGGGGUCAAUAAUAGCGGUGACCAUGCUUGUCAUAGUCAUUUCUUAUGUAUGCAUCGUCUUGACAAUCCUGAGAAUGAACUCAAGGGAAGGGAGACACAAAGGUUUCUCCACUUGUACCUCCCUCACUCUGUACUACGGGACCAUCACUUUCAUAUAUGUGUUGCCCAAUUCCAGUUACUCAAUCCAUCAGAACAAAGUGGUGUCUGUGAUCAACACCAUUAUAAUCCCCAUGUUGAACCUGCUGAUCUACAGCCUGAGGAACAAGGAUGUUAAGGAGGCCCCGGGAAAGGUGAUUCAUAGGUUUUCUUAA